GCCAUAAAGUCAAAAAAACAAUCUGUAUCAACACUAACACUGUUCUUUUGCAAAUUGAAUGUGGGAUAACACAAUUGAUUAUCAGCGUCCUUGUGCUUACGAGUGACUCAGUUUACAAUGCCGCAUCGAUGUGCAUUUGGAUGUUCGGAGGAAGGAGCGGUGCUACACGUCUUUCCAAAUCCACACAAAUACCCUGAUCGCUUUAAAGUUUGGGUUAAACUUAUUGGGGGCAAGUUGGAUACCCCAUCUGAUUAUAAAUUUUAUAAUAAGAAGAGGAUUUGUGAUGUUCAUUUUACAGAUGAACAUAGAAAUCGCUUUAAGCGACUCAAUGCAAUAGCAGUACCGACCCUAUGUCUGCGUGUCACUUUUGGUGUACCCGCACAUCGCUUUCCUCAUCCCGAGAAACACCCUGAUUUGUUUGCUUCUUGGGUGUCAGUCAUUGGAGAAAAACUUAAAUAUAGUGAUUGUAUAAAAAUAUACAAGAAUAAAAGAGUCUGUGACCAACAUUUUCAUCCUAAACACAAGAUGUCUGGAAGACGUUUAAAGAUGUCAGCAAUCCCAUCAGUAAAUUUACAUCGUAUACGGCAAAACAGUUCUACAUUCGUACAGGCCGAUCACUGCUAUACUCAUCCGCAAAGGGAAUAUGUUCAACCUGUUUCAUUGACAGACAUCAGAAAUUUACCGGGACCAUAUAGGCUUGUAGUUGACAUACCAGAAAUACCUCUGCCAUCUGGAUCUACCGAAACAUGUCCGGCCAUUGCUGAAAAAUCCCAAGACAGAAUAUCGCGAAGGAAAUAUGAUGCAGCUUUGUUUUUAGGGAACUUACCCACUAAUACUGCUGAUGCCGCUGCUCCAUUAGAGGUGCAAUCUCCGGUGCAAGAGGAUGAAGAGGACGAACCUGCAUUUGAAGAGGACAACCAGACGGAGAGUGAUUCGAGAUUGCCAAACGACGAAGUCAUGAUAGAUUACAUAAUUGAGCACUCGGACUCGCCUGGACGUGAUAUUUUCGACACUAUUGAACCUGAAGAUCCAAAGAAGGCAACAGUUUUCUCGUGGGAGAAAACGGACUUAUUAGAAGCAGAUGAUGCUGAAGGCGAGUCAGAGCUGGUGCCCGAGACGAAGAUACCCGAAGACCUCCCGACGCUGUCCUUAUUCUGCGACGAACCUCAUAAACCACCUGACGAAAUAGCGCCCAGUAAACCAGAAGCAGCAGUUGUUCCCAAAGAUGUCGUGUACAGGUGUGUGGAUUGUGCAGUGGUCGUUGAUGGGUUCACGUUCUGGUGCGUGCAGUGCUUAUGCGGCGUACUGUGCGGCGCGUGCGCAGCGAUGUCACCACACAACAUGCAUUACGUGCUGCGCGCUCCAAAGGGCGCCACACUUAGUCAAACGCAGCCUGUGUUAUUAGUCAUACGAGAACAGUUGCAGAAAGAAAACUUACUAACUCUGUAUGGAACUGAUAUUGAUGGUGUGAAAGUGGAAGUGAAACUGGAGCCGGAGGAGCCUUUAUCUCCGCCCGCGCCCACGCCGCCGCCCGGCGCGGAAGACCCGCUCGCCUUAGAGCCGCAUUCCGACCCCGAGGAACCUCAAAUCGAGCCCAUGGAGCCCCACUCCGAGGCUGUGCAGUUUGAUAUGAAGCUCGAAUCCGAGAACAUUAAGUCCAAUUCUGAGGCCGUGCACUCUGUCGAAGGCGUAGAGCCCCAACCCGCAGCCAUACAAUUAUUUCUCGAGGGCGCAGAUCCAGACUCCGAGGCUUUGCAAUAUUAUCUGGAGCCUCAACCCAAAAAUGUUGAGUCCCGCUUUGAGGCCGUGCAGUUCUCUGUCGAAGGCGUAGAGACCCAAUCCGAGGCCGUGCAAUUUUAUGUGGAGGGCGCAGGGCCUCAACCCGAGGAGCCCCAAACCGCAGCCGUACAAAUCUCUCUCGAGGGUGUUGAGCCCCAAUCUGAAGCCGUGCGAUUUUAUCUUGAUGGCGUAGAGCCUCAUCCCGAGGCCGUGCAGUUUUACCUCGAGGCCGUGGAGCGAGGCACUGAUGCCGUAUUGCUUCAAGUCGAGAGCACAGCGGCAGGCCCUGAGGUGGAGCUUCAUCAUGAGGCGCUCCGACUCGAAGCCAAAGCCGAAAAGUGUGUCAACAGGGAAACGGUCGAUCAUCACCAUCCUUUCAAGCGUCCUCGGCUCAUGAAAAUCCAACCAAAAAAAUUAUACCCCACAACCAGCCCAAAAGUUAGCGAUGUCCAACAACAAACCCUUAAAAGAAUCCCACCGACAAUAAAAUCACAAACUGUAAUAAGACUUCCGAAUACCAUACCUAGCGAUCGCACAGGAUCGCAAAUUCAUCCAAAAGUCCAACUUAGCGAUCUCAUAAAGUCGAAAACUUUCUCAAAGUCUUCACCCACCGAGCUUUUGGUGCCACAAAAUGUCCAUAAAGUACCUAAUAUUCUCAGAAGACCAAAAACAAAUAAAGUCGAACUCAGAAAAUCAACUCUCCUAAAGCAAGAUAAGGUCCAAAACAUUGCCAAAGGUUCACCUCUUAUAAGGACCCAACAAAUCAAUCCUAGAGGGUCACCACUCCAAGCACCUCAAAAUGUUGGUUUUUCUGAACUAAAAGUUACUUCAGGAUCCCGACGCUACGAAACUGUGAUCAUAAAUUCAGACGAUGAAGAUGUAGAGUUUUUGGAUGAAGAAUUAUUGGACAGGGACGAUAGUGAAAACGAAGUAGAUAGUAGAUUACAUAAAGAGAAUCAGGAUGACAAUAGAAUAGGUGAAGAAUUAGUUGGAGAUAUAGAAAGUGAAUUAGGGAACAAUGAUUUGGACGAUAGAUUAGAUAAAGAAGAGAAGAUAGAUGAUGAAGAAUCAGAUAAAAAUUCUAGUGAAGAUAAAGAAAGUGAAAUAGACGACGACGAUUUAGAUGAAGAUUAUAAAAUUGAUAAACAAGACCGAAUAGACGAAGAUUUCACAGAUGAGACAGAUGGUUCUGAGAAAGAUGUUGGCAGGAGAACAAGACACGCAACAAAUACGACUGUGGGAAGUCGAAGAAAAAUGGUUCGAACGCGAACAUCAGAAGCCGUGGUGCAGCUGCAGCGCCUUACCUCAUUAGACAUAAGAAACUGGACGGAUCGCAGUAAACCGCGAAGAAAAGACUGAAAUAAACGUAAACUGAAGUAAACAUUUU